AUGGAUACCUCUACCCCACCUCCCAGUUAUAGCGUCUCAGAAUACCUUCACCAACCGCCGGAGUACACCCCCUCGGUUCGCCAUCUCUCCCUUGUAUAUCUUGUCGACGAAACACACAAUGAUUACAUGCCCUCUCGGGGGAGUCCCCUCCCGUUGCUUUUCGAGAUAAACUCAACCCAGAUCAAUUUCUACAACCUCAAACCUCAAUAUGCAAGAAUCGUGGCAUACCUCUUCAACGACCUAAACUCGUCCCUGGUGGAUCCAAAUUUAAAUGUAAAGUCCUCAAAACCUUACUCUAAAUUGAACGUACUGGGACACGGUAUUGGCUCUUCAACGAACCUCUUCUCUAACUUCUCAUGCUCAGAUUACGAUCUUCAAACUCCUUUAUCACUACAAUCUCCAAAACCAACUCAUUUAUCUAGACCUACCUCGAGAAAUUCGUCCUUCUCCUCCAUUUCCUCCAUCUUCUCCUCUAGGACACAGCCAAACUUGCCGUCCUCAGCCUCUCUGGCCUCAUCAUCGUCAUCUACAUCUUUCCACGCCCAAAAAGUUCCAAAUGAACCCCCGGUCCCCACUAGCUCAAUCUCAAAAUUCCUUGAUAGGUUUAGCUUGAAGAAAAUCUCUUCACCUCUAGGUAAAUCACCAUCUUUUGAUGAAAUUGUCGAUUAUUCUAAAGUCUCCUUGUCUGAAAAGGAAAGAAACUCGCAGGAUUUGCUACACAUCUACAACUUGAUCAAUUGGAAACCAGAUAUAAAGGAUAUCUUGGAUUAUGAAUACACUCCUCAAGAUGCCCAACUCUUGAAUUUGAAAGAAGGUUUAUACAAAUCGUUUUCGUUACAGGAACUGUCAAAUUUUGGUAACGCCUCAGAUUUCCAUAAUAAACCAUUCUCUUUAAGGUUGAUUUUCCCCACGAGCCAGUUUGUUUUGGUAUCUUACAACGCAAGAUUAUACACUACCAUCUUCUACAAACUGAACAUUGCAAGAGAACUAAGUUUAGACAUUGACUUGAGGGUCCCUUGUCCAAUCGAUUUUUGUGUUCCAAGAAGAUCCAGAGGAUCUAGAAAUAACAGAAGAACUCGCCGCCGAAUUAGGGCCUCAACUUCAAACUCGUUCUCCUCACUUAGAUCAUUUGGCUCAAAUAAUGCAAAUGCAUGCACUAGUGGAAAUUUGGUGAGUCGAAUGAGGACAAACUCUUUAUUGAAUGACGAUCUGGAUGACGAUGAUGAAUUGGACCUCACAUUCAUGGCACAACAGGAGCAGGAGCAUUCAAAUAGAGCCGACGCUACCGUCCAGUAUCAAGGUCAAACACAAGAUCAUGCUCUAAAUUCAGGGAUACCUCCACAUCCCGUGAUUCUCGAAGAAGACGAAGUACUGAGUCUAUUGAAUGACCAAAUCCUAUCUUUGGAACCAGCGCAAAACGUUGUAUCUAUAACUUCAGGUGUUUCCUCACAUACCCUUUCUUCAACCUCCGUCUUUUCCGCUGCUCAAGUUGAAAGAUCAUCUACACGGAUCACCGAAUUUACAGAUGCAACAACAUUGUCACCUAUUUCGUCAAGAAACGAAAGCAUAAAUAUCGACACCGACAAUGAUGUCAAUUACGAAAAUACAAAACUCCCCAUUGAAACUGAUAGCAAUGCAGAGUAUAGAGAACUUGUGUUUGCUGUUAGGUGUAUCAAAUCUUGUAAGAAUAAAAGCAAAGCUUGGCUGUGA